AGUGCUUUUAGAAGUUCCAUGAACUUUUUUUUAUUUUUUCUUUAUUUUUUUCAUGAAUUUCUGACAUGACAUUGAGGAGUAAUGGAACUUAAUUGUUGAAAAGGGGACAUGUGUAAAAUGAACUCAUGUCACAUCUCAUUAUUUCUUUUGCAGAAAAUGUGAAAAAGAAAAUAAUGCAAAAAAACUCCUUUUAUAUAUUUUGAAUUUGUCACAUUCCUGAUCAUAGCUAUAUAUUAUAUUGACUGAAUUAUAACAACAGCCAUGUAAUGUAUGUAAGAUUCAAAGUUCUUGAAAGCAGUAGUUUAAUUUAAAACUUAUUUACAGUUAAUAUUUUAAAAAGAACCAGCAUGCCUUUACAUGAAAAUAUGACUUUAAAAAACAGUAUCACUAAAUAAUAUUGUCUGUAUAUAAUAUACAAAGGUAACCAUAAUACUUCUAAUGUAUGAAUACUAUUUAAUUAUAUAGAUUUUAAAUAAGUAAGCCAUUUAAAGGUAUGAGUCCUAUUUUCUGACUUUUAAACUAGAUCUUGAAUAUGGUCUACAAAGUAAACAUCAGUGAUCUGAAUUUGAAUAGCAUAAAUUCAUGGUUUUUAUUAUUUUUUUUAGAUUUAGGAUAAUACUGAUUUACUUCCACAAAAUCUUAGAAAAUGGAGGUGUUUGCAUGCAAGAUCACAGACCUUGAGAGAGAUAGGAAAAGAUUAAAGAUAGACAAUCAUGAUGUUAUCAUAUUGAAACACAAAGGGAUAUUCUAUGCCCUAGACAGUUUUUGUUACCAUGCUGGUGGACCACUAUAUAAAGGUGAUAUUGAAGAUAUUGGUAGCCAUUCUUGUAUUGUUUGCCCAUGGCACAGAUAUAAAGUGACAUUACAGACUGGAGAAAACUUUUACCAGUCAAUUGAUCCUUAUAACACAAAGAAAGCACCAGUAUGGACCUGUGGAGGUGUCAAACAGCGUACUCACCAAGUUAUUAUUAAGGAUGAAGUUAUCUACCUAAAACUAUCUCCAUGUUCAGGUGACCUAGCCUCAGAUCAUUACAACUCACCUGAAUAUAAGUAUAAAAAUGAUCUCACCUGAAAAUUAGUGAGAUUGGAGUUACCUCCCUUAUAGUACCAAUUCACUGCUGAGUGGUCCAAUCUCAAUAAUGAAGAAUAGAAGCACUA